ACUGUAUGGUUCUAUAUGGUAGAAGUGGCAACAGCGUAGAGGUCCGAUCCAUGUGACAGAGAAGGAACGUGACAAAAGGUGGCAGAGGGUGACGCCGCCGAGAUCGGAGUGAGUGUUUGCCCGGGCGAGCCGGGUGUCGGGUGUGCUGUGUACGAUUGUCGCGAUAUUCGUCCGUUCUGGCGUCCACCGGAAGGUAAGCGUGCUCGUAAAAGAUAUCGUCUGGUUCCGAGACCUCGGUUCGAUAGAUUUUUCGCAAUGGUACCGAAGAAAACGUGAGAAAAUCAGGAAAAAAGUGCACCAACUAACGAGCAAUAUACAGCAGCUCGACACUUCUCUUACACGCCCAGCGGAGUGCUGCGUCACAUGGGCCGCGCUCAUUGGUCGAUACAGCCAGGUGACGUCAUGAACCGCGCUUUGAUUGGUCUAUACCUCGGGCCCCAGACACGUGAAUCGUGGCCAAGCAAGCAUGGCUGUUGAUGCGCAGUGGUUAGCACUUGUAAAAUGUUUCUGCCACGCGCUAGAUCGAUCAGGUUAUAACCGUCGUGUAUCGUAAAACGUCGCGAGAUCGUCCGCUGUUCAAAAAUUGACAAGUGCCUUGUGAUUUUCCUCAUGUGUCGCGUAUUUGACAGGAGAAAUAUCGUUGAAAUUCUCGCAAGAAAUUGAUUUCUACCGUGAAAGUGGGUUCCAGCGUGUUUCCAUUGUGACCGAAAUAUAUUGGUGGCGUACCUGUAAGUUCCUGAUUAUUUCCCAGCGGUUUCUGGCGUUACCACGCCCGUUUAAAACCCUCCGCGGAACAUUAUCUCGUCAGAACUAUCGCCUAUUUAAUUAACAUGUGUAUAGGUGGUUGCGUGGCGUGUUUCCCGUGCCAUAAUAGACCUAGCCAAUCGCACGGUACUUCAACUCAUGACGUCACGUUAUAGCAAGCUCCUAUUGGCCAACGGUGCGUGCGUCGCCCGUCUAACGUGUGUGUCGCUUUGUCAGUUUAAGGAGCUCGUUCGGUCUACGGCACGCUUCUUGACUUUUCGUAUACUCUUCGAUAGACAGAGCCUUUCUUUUACUCGAACUCGCAGCACGCAGUGCAUCGUGUUCUUCUUUCCUAUUUUUGCAUGGUUGCGCCUACUAUGGAAUGCAAUUGUAUCCGCUUGUAAUCGUGGUACGCUUUCGCGAUUACAUUGCCCGGGAUAUAUCUACUUUUCAAAUCAGCGGCGGAACCUCGUUUCUCUGCGUCGCCUUUCCCGCCUCUGUCUCGUCAACCUUUUUUCUUCGCUCACUGAUUUCUCGGACUACCCGCACCCGACACUCUAUACACUCUACACUCUAUACACUCUACUCUGUUUGUAUUCGCUGUUCGAAUACGCUCUUGCGCGUACCAACGCCACGUAACGACUCUCGUUUCUGCUAUCGACGCUACAUCACAGGAAAAUUAAUCCAACUCGUUAAGAUGCGACGACGCCUCCUAAAACCACUGCGUAUCUUCUCCUUAUGCUCUACUAUGAUUUUAGUGUCAGUGAAUGUUUAACCAUUACAAAAGUGUAAAGUGCACUCUAUAAUUUUCCAUUUAACAACAUCUAGUUCAACUUCUUUUUGAUUGAAACUUCCCAAAUUUCUGUUCCUUAUAUACUUUUGGGAUGUCUAGCUUUAUCAUUCUCGAUUAUUUUAUUGAAAUUUGUUUCUUUCAUUAAUGUUUAUAAUAGAUAACACGUAAACAUAAAGAAUACAUAAGCAUACCGAUUUAUCGUUUGUCAUGUUAAUCAAUCUUCAAUCUAGUAAUGCUGUUACAUAUAAUAUAUUUAAAAUUUGUAUAUCAUGCAUAAGAUUUUCUUUACAAUUUAUUAUUUCAUCAGUAUCAAGAUUAUGAUAGAUGGAGAACAACUUUUUUGUAACAUUACAUUACAUUCGCAACCGAGUUUCAAGCAGUGAACAGCGAGAUAUAUAUUAUGAACGAUAUGAACGGCGUUUCUUUGCGUUAUUUUCUUUUUGACUGUUAGAUUGUUUCCAGCGAUCGGAACUCGAGAUGCGUGCUAAUGCUCUGUGCUCCAGGAAAGCGCACGUUGCGCUUGCGCACCUCCUCCGUGAGGUAUUACGAAGACGAUUGCCACCCGCGGCUGGCAGCAGCAGAAAAAGAGGAGGGUUGAGACACGAGAACGGGCUCUCGACUUCUUCGUCCUCGGCAGCCGGCGACGGGAAUCGACGGUCCGAUCGCAGAGUCUCAAUCUCCCGAAGGAUCUUGAAAAGGAACAGAGCUCGUCGUGGAGCGAAUCGGCAACGUCAGGAUGAGCCUGGAAACGUUGCUGGAAGCAGCGCGGUUCGUCGAGCAGCAGGAGAAAACGAGGGAGCGCCUCGCAAGCAGCUCUUCCUCCUCCUCCGAUCAUCCGCUCGCUGUAGCUCCCCACUCCAACCAUCACAACUCCAACGAGCCACGUGGUGCCAAGUUAAAGCGGGAACGUACAGAGCAAGAUGACUUAUUUUGCGAAGAGAAGAUGCUGAUUAUCGACGAGGAGGAGCCGCUAGAAAAUAACAGAACGAACGGGAAUCACUCGACAGGUUCUCGAGGGAGUCCCGUGAUCUCAAGCACGCGAGUAACGCCACCCUCGGCGAACGCAAAUUCGGCUCAUCUGACCGCCGUACACUCUACGUCGCAUCUCCAUCUUCAUCAUCAUCAUCAGCAGCAACAGCAGCACCAGCAGCAGCAGCACCAACAGCACCACCAACAACACCACCAACAGCAACACCAACAACACCACCAUCAACAGCAACAUCAGCCGCAGCAGCAACCGCAGCAACAGCCGCAGCAGCAACAGCAGCCGCAACAGCAACAGCAGCAUCACCAUCACCAUCAUCACCAUCACAACAAUCAAAACAGCACGCAUAAUCCUUACGUGGAAAAUCAAAAUACGAAUCACUCGCAGCAGAACGUGGGCAAUCUCGUCGUCGACGUUGAACCCAGCCACGACAAUAAGAAGCAUCGAAACGGACCGUGUGUAAUCCGUUCUGGCACCAGAGAAGUGCAUAACAAAUUGGAGAAAAAUCGAAGGGCGCACCUGAAAGAGUGCUUCGAAUUAUUGAAGAGGCAACUCCCGUCGCAGGAAGAGAAAAAGUCGUCGAACCUUUCGAUUCUUCACGCUGCGAUCAGGCAUAUACAGAUGUUGAGAAGGAAGGAACGAGAUUACGAACACGAAAUGGAAAAACUUGCUAGGGAAAAAAUUGCUGCCCAGCAAAGAUUACUAGCUCUGAAGAAGGAACUCGCGGCUACUUGGGAUCACAUCGACUUUAAUACUCUUUUACCGGAACAGAAUGCGGCUGCCGAUGUAACGGCUACGAGAAGUAUUUCAGAAAACAUGGAGGUUGACGUGACGGGGCUCGCACGGGGUGGUACGAGGUACAGUAGUACCAGCAGUUUGAGCAGCGCAGCUACGGCUAGUUCACCGCAGACGCUUCAAAAUACCAACGCGACUUCCAAUAUCCACAAUCAGGUUGCCACUGCGGCAGUUGUCUGCCAAGCGCAGGGUAUGAAUCUUGCGUCAAGUUCCAGAGAGAGUCCACCUGCGAGUUCGAGUCCUGGAACGCCUGCACCUAGCAUUCCUACUCCAGCACAGGAGAAAGUUAAUACUUCACCAACGAGUGGUAUAGUGCAGCAGCCGCAUCAGUUGCACUUGCCGAUCAGCGCUCAGAUAUUGAACACCAGUCAAGGCUUACCGACGAUUGUACCGACCCUUCAGCACCUCGGUCCGAGCUUGAGGGUGAUACCCGGUGACACGAGGCAACUUCUGGUCACUCACACCGCUGGCAGCAACGAAUCCAGGCCGCUCACGUUGGCCGUGCAAAACUCGCCGGAUCAAUCGAGGCCGCUUAUUGCCGUGCAAUCGAACACUGGAAGUGAGCCAAGGCCCGUAGCGUUGGUCGUUCACUCGUCCACGGCCAACGACAACAGGGUAACGUUUGUGCAUUCUAAUCUGUCCAACAACGACAGGCCGUUGGCCCUAGCCGUGCAAUCGUCCGCCAAUGACGUCAGGCCAGUUACAUUAGUGCAUUCGGCAAACGAGGGGAGGCCGUUAGUUUUCGCUGCGCAUUCUCCUGCACUGAAUGUUACGAAUGCUCAAACGAGGAUACGAGCGAGUGACGCGCAGACCACGCAUAAAAUGGUCGGUGGUGUGACACUGGUAGGCGGAAAUGGAUCGGAGUUGACUAGACUUCCCGGUGGCGCUGAAUUGAACAUACUGCCUGCAAAUGGAUUGACGCUGAGCCAUGCAGGAGUGUCGCUUCAAACCACGACAGGUAAACCAGGCUCGACAGUGAUGCAAAACGCUCCGUCCACAGAGGGUAUAGCUCAUAUCGUUGGCCCGCACACACCUCUCUCCGGCCUGACACCGAUCGUCACGCCGAUGACCGUCGUCUCGCAAGGAAAUCAAGUGACUGCUCAUAUCCUAGCCCCCUCUAGCCUUGCGGGCAAAAUGAUCACGACCCCGAUCCUCAAAUCCGUGGCACAAAUGCCGAUCGUGAACGCCCAGUAUAUCAACACCACCACUCUGGUGAAGCCUGUAGUUGUCGUCAGUUCACCGUCAACAUCCACGCCACAAUCGACGACGGCUUCCAGUACACAACCUUCCUCCACCACACACUCGACCGUCUGACAGAAUCAAAAGAAAGUGAAACUAGUUUGAGAAAUGGCUCCUGCUAGGUGUAUGGAGGCGCGGGCUCGCAGAAAUUACGAAUUCCGUUAUCGUCUAACGCGUUUCGCGCGUAUAGGACCGACGGCUAUACGCGAUCGAUUCGACGCUUCAACGAGAGAUAAGGCGAAAAUCGUAGAUCUGGUCAACGAAAGAAGAGACGCAAGAGGCGCGAUAAUUCUCUCAGUCGUGCUAUUUCCAACAUCGAGGGAGGAUAUCUCAUUACGCGAAACUUUGCUCGUGUCCCUUCGUGCUUUGGAUUUCAAACGUUUCCGCUCUUCCAACGAGUGAGACGACUGAGAGAGAUGCGAAGGUGUUAAAAAUGCCGUUGCUCGACUUGCGCGAUUGUGCACGGUACCUCGAAUGCUUCAGAGAAGUACUUAUCGAAGGCAAAACUCGUUGGAAAUGGGUCAGGGAGAUGAACGCGACGAGGCAGCUUCAGACGAAGAUGAUCUUGUUCGCGUUUUCCGGGAGCAUAAGAUGGAAGGAAGCAGGCCGAUGUACCCAAUGGAAUUUCUCAAUGCGAUCGUUUAACGUUCGCAAAUUCGACGUUUCGCUGUUCUAUUUUUCGCACGAUAAAAUCCUGCAAAAUAAAACGGUCGAUGAUCGUUGGUAUUACGUUGUCCGUCGAGAGAUUUCUUUUUCUAAAUUACAUACGCGAUCGUAUAUUGGAACGUAUCGCGAACGAAUUCCAUCGACGCACGAAAUCAAUUUGAUUCGCGAUACUGGAAUGUUAUUUGCACGAUUUAUCUUAAAUAUCUUGGCUGCAAAGUAUAAGAGAGCUACGUUUCUUUUUUGGUACCUCGUUGCGAUUGAAAAAGUACGGCAAAGACGAAACUAAACCGUGUGUUUACGGAGUGAUGUUAAAUUAAUGAAUUGUAUGAUAUAUAAGGUUCGUUUAGAUGUUUGAAAUUGAUCGAAAUCUGGAAAUCGGAUGGAUGAUAAAUAUGCUUGCGUUUUUAAAUUAAUCCUUUAUGUUAAAUAGUGGCUGUGGAGAAACGAUUAUCCUUUACGCCUGUAAUUUACUUUCGGAAACUUAGAUGAUAAAUUGAACUUACGUCGCGUUGAAUGCACGUCGAGGAAAUACGCAUACGUUUCUUUCUCUUCUUUUAUACGUCUAUACAUCUAUCUAUCUAUCUAUGUAUCUAUCUGUCUAUCCUUCUGUCUGUCUAUCUGUCCACCUAUCUAUCUAUCUAUCUAUCUAUCGAUCUAUAUAGAUCUCUAUAUAUACAUAUAUGGAUAGAUAUAUAGAUAGAUGUAUAAAACGUGCUCAAGUAUUUAUUCGUUUCUAUUUAUUUUAUAAAGUGCAACACUGAGCAUAAGCAAAACGUUUGCCUUGGCUUUGUAGUCCUGAUAUCUUUAUCGGAUUCGUUUCGAAAGGAAGCCGCGGCUUUUCUCGAAAGUCCGAAAGAAAAAAACUGACAGACAAAAUACGUAUGUGUACGUUUUUAACGAUAUGGUAGUUUUGUUUCCGGAGAAACGUGUACAUACGUGUACAUACGUACGACGAAACAUUUUGCAUAAUAUUUUUGCCGUAAUCGAUCAGAUAGAUAAUCGAAUUAGGGGAGAAAAGUUUGCGAUUUGCGUUGCAAGAGGAAAACAGAAUUAUCGUAUACAACAUAGACGUGGUGGUUUAUCGUACUAUUUUAAAUUGUUUUUUCUAUGUGUAAGUAAAGGAACAAGAAUUUACGUUUCAUCUUGCAAUAUUUUAAGUUUUUCGAGCUUUCGUUCGAUAUACUCGAUGCGAGACCGUUAACGGUUGUUUACUCGAUAUAAAUAGAAUAUACGAUGCGAAAUAGCAGUAAGCAACGUUUGUCCCUGGCCACGAACGCCACGAACGUACUUUCGCUCGUAUAUUUCGAUUUAUCUUUACGCGAUUACGAUUAUCGACGUAAUCACGAUGCUGUAAUUCGUCGUUCGAGAUUUCUUUCCGUACCUGUAGCUUGUCAAAUCUUAUUGCAAAAGUACAAAGAAUAAGCUCUCUCUAAUAAGGAUCGCGUAUCUGUUAGAUUUCCUCUUUUUCUUUUUACGUAUCUUUACGUUUUCGUAACGCGAUUAAUCCCAUUUUGCUCUUAACAAAUUUCCAAACGCGAAGAUCGAAUCGAAAACGUUUUGCAAAAAUCUUGAUUCCUACGUUACGAUAUCAUCUUCGACAUCGUACAUCGUCACGAGCAGUUUCCUCGCGUUUCCGUAUCGGCUAAUAACAUACUCUCGAGGAGAUAGACGAAAAUUCAAUUAAGAACGAUUUGAAAUUCGCGAACGACGCGCAAAAGCAUAGCUAAGAGUUUGAAAGCGGUGUAGCGAGGAAUUUUUAUACGCGCGUGUGUGCGAAUGUGCGUGUAACUGUUAACGGUCUCUUUCGGAAUAUCACCAUUUGUACACUAGUAUUAUUCUUAACUUGUAUCUGCGUAUACACACAUAUAUAUCUCGUUUUUUUUUUUUUUAUUUUUUAAAUUAUUUAAUCAAAGGCUUUGGUCAGUCGGUUUAUGCGCUGAUUAUGUGGGUAUAUUAUAUACGCGGCCGCUGUGUAUUUCGAUCUACCGCGAAAACACGCUAAAGCGUGUAACAAGUUAUUGGUUAGCGGAGAGCGCGAUAUUGUUUUCAGAGCGUUUAAAUGCAGCAUGGGACUUGCUCAACCCUGUUAUCUCGUAGAUGCGUAAGAGACGUUGAAAAACGUUAUUUCGAAAGAACGUUUUAACGCAUUCGUGUUACGCUAGAUCAUUGUACUACUCGAAAUUCGAUACAGCUAUACACCGCUGUACCGCGAUGAUUUUUUUUAUCGAAUUUAUAUAUCAAAGUCUCGAGUAGUAUUCCGCGAGUCUGUUGUUUCGUUAUGCUUUGGUAUGCUAAGUGUAUCACUUUGACGAAUCGAUGUUUUAUCUCGUUGCUGCUUAUUCUCGUAAAUAAACGAACGACGAAUGCGUUAAACGAAACGAAAGAAAAAAAAAGAAAUUUCGUUCGUUGGAUAUUAUUUCGGCGAAGCACCGUUUCCAAGAUAACCGUAAUCGUUUACGAUCGAGUACUACUAAAUUAGCAGAGUUUACGAACGAUACUGCCGAAUCAAUGGUAUCUCGUUCUAUCAGCGACUCGGUUCGAGUACCUACGUAGUCUCGGAAUAUUCAGGGAAUCUGCACCCGUUUCCACAUCCAUGGCAAGACUCGUGAAAUUUGCUCGUUUUCGUAUUACAUUACUACCUCGAUUCGAUUAAUCCGCUUUUCAUUACCACCAAUCUUUCGAUUCCGAUAACCGAUUCCUCUUUUUAGUUGCCCCGAUUCCUUCUCUCUUUCAAAACUGUUCGAUUUUGUUCGUGCAGUAAUAGCAGCGAUCGUUGUUGCAAGUGUACUCGUAGGUAGACGCUUCCUUCGAACUUUCGUAAAUCCAAUCGCUGUUUACGUUUCGCGUAAGUAUUUUUUCCACGUGGCGUUGUUUUUAAUCUACGCAUAUGACAAUUAAAAGACGGCGGUACGUCGUAACAUGCAAUGCGAUUAGAAGGAAUAUCGUCUCGCGCAGCCUGUAGCUACGGUGACCUUUUUUCGCGUUUCAACGAAAGUACAGAUUCGAAAGCUCGUCGGGCUUCGAUCGUUCACACGCGAGACGUCGUUCGUUUCCUCUAUAUCGCUACAACUAGUCGCUAGCAAAGCGUCAAUCGGUCAUCCAUAGCCGAUGACAUAUCAGAGUUUUCGUAAAGAAGAUAAAAUUAAAAGGUCGUUUCUAUCUUUGUCUCUUAACUCGAUACAAAGAACGUGUCGACAGAUAUCGCAGUUCGUAUAAAAGAGAUUUCCCGCGGGACUUUCCCGCGGGAUGAUAAAUUGCUGGAGAAUAUAAAAUUCGGCGCGCGCGCACUAGUCAUUUCCGUUCCCUCCUUGUUUUUUUUUUUUUUUUUUUUUUUUUUUAAACACGAAUCAACCACGCUAGACCUUCGAACUGUAGUUCGGCACUCUGUCGUACCAAUUUCCUUUUCUUCUUUCUGUAUCUUUUAAAUCCAACCUUAUGAAUCGUGCAAUGCAUGUAAAUACUCGUAGUAGACGUUGGGGGCAUUCUUAACACGUUGCGCAGAUCGAGUAAGUAGGAAGGCGUGGAUCGUCGCUUCGUUCGCCGAACGUGCAAGACGAGUGGCAACCAUCGUUUUAUCGAUUGUUACGUUUGCUUGAAAAGAAAGACUAGUUUUCGAGAUAUUUCAUCGUUAAAACGAGCCGAUCCGAUCCGACGAAAGUAAACUUUCGGAUAUAUCGAGACAGCAAGCUUUAAGUAACGAUUUAAGAAGAACGGAAAAAUCGAUGGAAAAGUUACUUUUCCGUAACAAAGGUUCUGAUUAUUUAUGCGACAGACGUUUAUCAAAUCUAACAACUUAGCGCAUGCUAUUACGAUCUUGCGUUUGGCGAAGGAAGAACACGCAGAGAGAGAGAGAGAGAGAGAGGUGGCAAGCAAAGUAAAAUCGCGAAAGAGCGAGCGAGCGAGAGAGAGAGAGAGAGAGAGAGAGGAGGGGAGAAAGAAAAUAAAAGCGAUAAGAAACAUUCUUUUUUGUAUAUAAUUAAAGAAAAGUUAAAGGAAGAAAAAAGAAAAAGAAUCUCGUCGGCUACUAGAGAUCCUCGGGAACAAAAUCGAUCGACGGGAAAAGAGAAAGUAACGGAGGAAACGUGCGGGGAAUCUACGUGUACAUGAACAAUGUGAUAUAAAUAACUGACAAAAUUACUUAGCACUAUUAUAGCGUUUAAGCAAAAAUAAAACAAAAGAAAGGAAAGAAACUGUUAAAUCGUUUACAGCGUAGACGUACGAUGCUAAAUAUUAUUCGCUAACAUCCUAAAAAACGAAACCCUAAUUGUAUAUAGAAUUACGAGAGGGAGAGAGAGAGAGAGAGAGAAAAUGAGUGAGAGAGUGAGAAGCAAAAGGUGAGAAAGGAGAGAAUGAAAAACGGCGUGAGAGUGGAAAAAAGUAAGAAAAAAAUUACAAGCUGUAAUUAUUACGUCGAAUAUGACAGAGUGAAAGAGGGUGAGGCGGGAGGGGAGGGGGAGAAAGAGAGAGAGAGAGAGAGAGAGAGAACGUCUUGGAAUAAGAAAAACCGUAACUCUAGCGUGUCUUGUACAUCUCUCGUGAUAGUAGAAUAUCUGUACAUUGUAUUUCUCGUGUGAAUGUGACGACGUGACGUAAAGAAGAAAGAAGAAAUAAGUAAAUAGAAAAGCAAGCGUGUCUGUGCGUCUUAACAAGAGUGUCGCUAUUGUUGUAAUCUAUGUCGAAUUUUGUUGUAUAUACCAUCGCUGGUAUAUGUAAAAAUAUGAGAAACACACGGUAUAUAUUACGAACCUCUUCGAACGACUCGUUGCGUGUUGUUGAAAAUGUGAGAAAGAGGGAAAUGUGGAGGGAAAGACACAUACACACACACACACACUAUGUAACGCGAUAGAAGCGCGAAAGAAAUUGAAAAAAGAUAGCGUGGCGCACGAGGUGUGGAGCACCCAACCGCGUGCAAACACUUUUUGUUUUCAGAAGGCGUGCGACAAAUUUCAAUACAAUCUGUCACAAUAAAAAUUGAAGCGUGAAGCGUUGCCCAGUCCUCCUUGCUUCCGCCUUGAACACGGAUCUCUGUCUUUGCUCGGCGUUUCGGUCGAAUUUCGACGCUUAGCGAGAAAUUACGUCGAAAAGAGCGAACAAAAGCCGAAGCAAACAAAAAAAAAAAAAAAAAGAAAAAAGAAAAGAGAAAAAGAAUAGAGCAACUCGAUGCGAAGGGGUACGAGCGAUCGUGUUCCAAACGGUCGAUGCAUUUUCAAUUACUUUCGUUGUUCGAGUGAAAAGGAAAACGAGCGUAGAUAUGGCGGAGAUCGAAAUUUGCGAGCGACAAAGUCAGUUACCGAUACCGAUGCUUGGUUUUUAACUUUGAGUAUGUACAACACUGUAAAAUUUAACAAGGAGAAGGAGGAAGCGCGAACGUUGCGUCUAAACGCAGAGGUUCGAACAUGUUAUUCCGUAUGAGCUCUACGAUAUCAAGGGGACUUCUUUUUCCGAAGAAAUAGCAGUAUUAGAUUAACUUUGUAAUUAUUAGCGAUACUAAGUACUAUAUACAGUAUCUCGGGUUUCUUAAUCGCAAAUUAUUACGCGGUGUAACGAGUUUCUUCGAUCACGAGUUAUAUACGAAUGUCAAACUAUGAGUAUAUUAAAUAUGUUUUUUAUGAAUAUCAGAA